AUGCAGAUCUUUGUGAAGACCCUGACUGGCAAGACCAUCACCCUUGAGGUUGAGCCCAGUGACACCAUUGAAAAUGUGAAGGCAAAAAUCCAGGACAAAGAAGGCAUUCCCCCUGACCAGCAGAGGCUGAUCUUCGCUGGUAAACAGCUUGAAGAUGGUCGCACCCUGUCUGACUACAACAUCCAGAAGGAAUCCACCCUCCAUCUUACCCUGACUGGCAAGACCAUCACUCUUGAGGUUGAGCCCAGUGACACCAUUGAGAAUGUGAAGCUGGAAGAUGGACGCACCCUGUCUGACUACAACAUCCAGAAGGAAUCCACCCUUCAUCUCGUGCUGCGUCUGAGAGGUGGCAUGCAGAUCUUUGUGAAGACCCUGACUGGUAAGACCAUCACUCUUGAGGUUGAGCCCAGUGACACCAUUGAGAAUGUGAAGGCAAAAAUCCAGGACAAAGAAGGCAUUCCCCCUGACCAGCAGAGGCUGAUCUUCGCUGGUAAACAGCUUGAAGAUGGUCGCACCCUGUCUGACUACAACAUCCAGAAGGAAUCCACCCUCCAUCUUGUGCUGCGUCUCAGAGGUGGCAUGCAGAUCUUCGUGAAGACCCUGACUGGCAAGACCAUCACUCUUGAGGUUGAGCCCAGUGACACCAUUGAGAAUGUGAAGGCCAAGAUCCAGGACAAAGAAGGCAUUCCCCCUGACCAGCAGAGGCUGAUCUUUGCUGGCAAGCAGCUGGAGGAUGGUCGUACCCUGUCCGACUACAACAUCCAGAAGGAAUCCACCCUCCAUCUUGUGCUGCGCCUGAGGGGUGGCUGUUAAGUUACUGUGCACCUUGCUUAAUAAUGGGAUUGCCAAUAGCACUUGUGUUUGCACUGUAGUUCUGUGAUGUCUUAAGUUAAAUGCAGGGUUAAAGCAAGCUGAAAUAACUGCUGAACAACUGAAAUGCUAAUAAAGUUUUCUGUUGCACAUUACAACUUGUCUGUCUCAGUUCAAGCUAGUAAAACUGGUGUAUUUAAGUGACAUGCUUACCCUGGCUUUCUUCCAUUGCAGUUAAAGCCUCUUUGCAUGCUUAAUGAGGCCCAUGUGGAUGAAACAGAUCUGGAUUAAAGUCUUAAUUCAAGCACUAAUAA